AUGAAGAUGACUGCCGUCGUAGCCGUAGUGGCGGCCGACCGUCCCAGUUACUACCAGCCCUCUACCUACAGUUACCACCCAGAGCCCAGUUACCCCCAGCCUUCCUAUGGCUACCAUCCAGAGCCGAGCUACAGCCCCAAACCCAGCUAUGGUUACAAGCCCCAGCCUCAUGGAUACGAUGCGGUUCCCGCCUGCGCCAACAAUGAGACCAACUACUGCCUUAAGGAUAAGGAAUACCCCGAGUACGACAUCAAGUAUGCCAUCUCCCAGCACAAGUACGGGUUCCUGGAACUGUACGCAGACGUUGCCGACUUGAGUACGGCCAACUCCGUGGACCGUCUCCAGAAGUUGGAGGAAGAGACCUACAUCUGCCCCUCUGAGACAGUCUACGCCCGCCCCCUCCGCGCCAAGAACACGGACGGCAAAUGGAGAAUCAUCGUGAACAACGUGAAGGUGGACUACGACGAAUUCACGCAGAGCGUCCGCCUCGAGACCUGCACCUCGGCCGGCUCCCCCUGCCCCCUCAUCCCCGACUGCUACUCCACCAAGUGCCUGCAGAAGUCCAUCUACCACCGAUUCCUCGUCUACGAUCCCUAUGACCAUUACUUCCCCUUCGCCAUCGAGAGCUUCCGCCUCCCUGCCUCCUGCGCCUGCCAUGCCGACGAAUUCGUCGUCAAGCACUAA